CGCCUCAGCCAGUGGGAGGGAGAACUUGCUGCUGCUGCUGCCUCGGCUGCUGUGGGGAGUGUGGGUCCCGCCUGACGCUGGAGGGCCGCAGCAGCGAGGAGGGAGGCGCGCCAGCAAGUGAAACUUGCCGGCCCAUCGGCGGACGCGAGGUGGCGGGUUUUCCCUUUUAGUAUCGGCCCGUAUGUAGGUCAGGUUUAGUUUCGCUUUUACAGUGGUAUGCGAUGGUCGGGCCCGUGUCUGCUGCGAGCGUGUGUGAGGCGCGCCCCUCCCCGUGACCACCACGGUGCUCUCUGACUUCAGUAUCUUCUGGUGCAGUGUGGUGUGUCAACCAUAGCAGUGUACAAGUGUAUAUACAGUGUAACACCCAGUCACUAAAUGCAAGCAGUCACUGGCAGUGUUGUGUACUAGCCUAAACAGUGCAUACGGAUAAUUGUGUGACGUGUGAUUAUUGACAACACAAGUGACUUCUACGUAGAGGACCAACAACAGAGGACAAAACACCAGAACGGUGACCAUCAACAUGGAGGCGAGCUCCACACUCCACGACAACUUCAAGGCUGAUUUCUUCGACCUAGUGAACUGCACCGAGUACGACCUAAGCGGCACGGAUCUUGGGUCCGUCUGUUGGCCCCUUGACGACCCCGUGAGUCGCAACGUAAACAACAACAACGUCUCCGUGGGGGAUGUCAUGACUCCAUCCUGGCCGUAUGGGAGCUAUCAAGAUCCGCCUACCUCCACUUCAAUGAACGCUCACCUAGCUCACGACAAGGAUAAGGAGACCACUGAUAAGAUGUGGGGCGGUGGUGGCUCGUCAGAGAAGGUGGUCAACAACGCGACGGGCAACACCAUCAUUAUCACCUUUCCCUCUACUGAAGGCCCCCACCCCGCACCUGACACCUCCGAGGCAGCCUACAACCCCUCGCCCCCCAUGACAGAACACAACAAUCUCGAGCUCUUCAACUCCAUUCUGAAUGAAAAGCCCUAUGACGGCCUGGUCUCUCACAAUCACCGCUCCCCGGCUUCCGACUGUGUCUCCUACGUAAGCGUCUGCUCUGGCUACAGCGAUUCAGGUAUUUCUACGUCACUAGAGGACACGGCGUCACCCAAUGCCGGUGGCCAUGAUCAUGUCGACCUCGAAAGAUUGGUGGACUCGGCAGUGGAUUCUCUCGUGUACUCUCCAGGGGCCGGGGUUCUGGGGCCCGUAGAAGACAACCCGAGCAUGGAAAGUAACAACGCAGCAUUUAUGGCCACGACACCGAUGCCUUACUCCACGCAUGUCACACAGAGCAGUGAUGGUUCCUCUAUCUUGGAGGGAGCACUGAGGGGCACAGUCCGGCGACCGGUAGGGCCUUCACAGCCUCCGCCCCUCGCGAAAAUUUCAGAUGUGAAGACACUUACCCUCAUGUCCAAUAUGACGCCUUUGCCACCCCUCACCUCAGCUUUCAAAGCGGAACAGCUCAACGGUGUGGCGGGCUCCACGCAGAUAAGCAGCAGUAACGGGAUGUACGUAACGACGGGCUACGACUACCACCCAGCACCUGCAGAAGAGUACACCACACUCGAUGCCUCUUUCAACAAGCUCUCCACCGCCACCACUACCAAGAUGGAACAUUCUGAGCAUAAACCCAAGAAACGCAAGUACACGAAACGUACAGCGGGAGAGGAGCCAUCCACGAAGGGCCGCUUACUGCACUUCUGCCACAUCUGCAACAAGGGUUUCAAAGACAAGUACAGCGUUAACGUGCACAUUCGCACUCACACCGGCGAGAAACCUUUCAACUGUGAACUCUGCGGGAAGUGUUUCCGACAGAAAGCUCACUUGGCCAAACACGUGCAGAUCCACACCGCUCCAAAACCACCAGGAAAGAGGUGAGCGGAGGGGCCGACACUGUCACCAAGCCUCCUGAAGCCCCGGGCCGCGCUGGGCCGCGCCGGGCCGUGUCGGGCCGUGCUAGGCCAUAGUUAUGGGCCUCGCUCCACGUCUCACUGUCGUACCUGCUCCUCGUUCUUAAGCCGUCCUUUGCGUUAUUCACAGCUUCCUACUGUUAGAAGGAUAAGGGAAUCCAGUAAUUAACAAUAAGUUUAGCCUACGGUGCAGCCAAUACUCAUGUAUGUAAAUAGUGCCACUAACCUGUCCCAAGCAUGUUGUGCACUCAUGUAGGAGAGUUGCAUCAUUGUUCUACUUGUUAUUUCUACAGACAAAACACUGAAUACAUUACCACUAGCUGGCUAGUGUCACACACACAUAUAUAUUUCAUAUUCUUACAAAAGAAAUUAUGAUUUGAAAAAGGUUGUACUUUUGCAUAAUUGGGUGCCAUUAUUUCUCGAGUCUCUGGUCCGUUACUUCACAAUUCUGAGGCGCGGAGUGUGGUCAUGAAGGUGAGGCAUAUGGUUCCAGAGGCAGCCUGGUGUUGCCACACACAACCUCAUCGACAUGACCACCUGGAGGCUACGAGGAGGGGGGGAAGGGGGUACCUGACAAGGUUUGGUCGUGAAGUCCUUGAAGGUGAAGGCGUCAAAAGUGAAUAUAACACGUGAUAAAGAGGACAGUCCUUGCUGAUGUCCUCUCAACAGUGGCCUCGCCUGAGACUCCUGGUCACU